AUGGCGCGUCAGAAACAGACAAAGCCCUCACAGAGGGUCACCUCCUCUGAACUGGUACAUAUUCCCACAGAAGAAGCAGAUCUUGAUCAGACACAGUUGAAUGGAACUGCAGCAAAUGCAAACAGUGCUUCUGCAUGUGAAUCCUCCCUGGACAGUCCAGGGUUGAUCCAGCUCACUGUCUGUGUCCUCGGGAUAUACGCAUCUUUUCUCUCCUGGGGUAUCCUCCAAGAAGCGAUCACCACGACGUCGUACCCCGUCCGUCCCCCAACGGCAGAAGAACCUGAACCCCCAACAGAGCGAUUCACGUACUCGAUCGUGUUGAAUUCCAUCCAGUCAUGCUUUGCAGCUAUUACGGGUUUCAUAUACCUCUAUUUCUCGACCCCGAGAGGCCAGAAGGUCCCCUCUGUUUUCCCCAAUAAGCAAAUUCUCGUCCCUCUGCUCCUUGUGAGCAUCUCCUCGUCGCUCGCAUCGCCGUUCGGCUACGCCAGUCUCUCGCAUAUCGACUAUUUGACGUUCAUCCUCGCUAAGUCCUGUAAACUACUGCCGGUCAUGUUUCUCCAUCUCACUAUCUUCCGGAAACGAUACCCCCUGUAUAAGUACGCUGUGGUCCUCCUGGUCACCCUGGGCGUGGCGACGUUCACCCUGCAUCACCCAGGAACCAGCAAGAAAGCAGCAGCCAAAUCAACACAAUCCGGGUCAUCUCUCUACGGAAUCUCCCUUCUGUCCGUCAACCUCCUCCUGGACGGUCUCACGAAUACAACGCAGGACCAUAUCUUCGGUUCACCACACCUCUACACACGCUUCACCGGUCCACAGCUGAUGGUGGCCCAGAACCUAAUCUCUACCAUUCUGACGACCGUCUAUCUUCUGCUCAUCCCCCAUCUCUCUUCCAACAGCACUGUCCUCGCGUUCCUACCGCUCCCCAUCACUCCAUCCACGGGGACGGAGCUGUCGUCCGCUGUCUCCUUCAUGGCGCGCCAUCCGGAGGCCUUGAAUAAUGUCCUCGGAUUCGCAGCUUGCGGGGCAGUGGGACAGGUAUUCAUCUUUUACACGCUCUCAAGAUUUUCGUCGCUGCUUCUAGUAACUGUUACCGUGACGAGGAAGAUGCUUACCAUGCUCCUCAGUGUGUUCUGGUUUGGCCAUUCGUUGCAUCCGGGGCAAUGGGUGGGAGUGGCUUUAGUGUUUGGGGGGAUUGGGGCUGAGGCCGUCGUGCAGAAGAGAGAGAAAGAGAAGAAGGCUAAAACCAAAGCUAAUGCCAGGAUUAAGAAAAAAGAGGCAUAG